GGGUUAUGACUUUAGCUUUGGUCGUAUCUACGAUCCAUCUAGCCCGAGGAUGGAUAUAGGGAUCUUGAAGCUCGAGUGGUCCAUUUGUCAAGCGCGCGACCGUGACACGGCUGCCUGGGCGGUCCGCCCUGCCGCGACACCACGCCUUUCGGGGAGCACGAGAAGCCCCCGCCACGGCUGUAUAUAUACCGCCCCUCCUGGCGUCUCCGCCUCCGCCGCGUUGCGAGCUGCACAUUCCGCUGCUUGCUUGGCCUACGUGCGUGCGAACCGACCCAAGUACCCAACCCCAAGAUACCUGUGCGCGCGGCGCUGUGGCGUGACGCUCGCGAGGGUGUGAAGCGAUGAGCGGAGGCACGCGGAACACGCGCCAGUUCUUCGAAUCGUCGAGCAGCGGCGGCGGCGGCAGAACUAGCAUUGACGAAGGGAGGGGCGUCCGGGAUGGUGGUGGCGGUCGCGUUGCGGCGGCGCGGGGCAGCGGCGUGAACACGGGGAUCCUGGACGAGCACGUGCUGUCCCUGGUGUUCCGGUCGAUCAACUGGGACCCGCAGGCGGUGUGCACGGCGGCGUGCGUGAGCCGGCGGAUGCGCGCCGUCGCGGAGCGGGUGCUGUGGCGGGAGCUCUGCAUCUCCAGGGCGCCGCGGAUGGUGGCGUCGCUCGCGGGCGCCGGCGCCGGCGGCGCGGCGCCCCCGCCGGGGCGCAUUGUCGGCGGCUGGCCCGCGCUGGCGAAGAUGCUCUUCUUCUGCUGCGGCGCGGCGGGGCCGGGCGUGCCGGGGCACUUCACCCGGAUGUCCCGCUUCUCCAAGACGUCCGGGCGGAGCUUCCUGUCGCGGCGGUGCAGGAGCGACCUGCUGUACGUGUCCGACCCGUGCGAGCACGCGGUGGCCGGCGCGGGCGACGACCUGGGCGCCUACCGGGGCGUCUUCCGCGGGUUCAUGCGGUCCCGGACGCGGGCCUGCCUGGUGGGGCGCCAGGCCGCGCUGGACCCGCGCGUGCGCUGCCCCUACUGCGGCGCGCGCGUCUGGAGCAUGGUCGCCGCGGGGAUGGUGCCGCGCACCGCGUGGCGGAGGCUGGGCUGCCUCGAGGGCCGCCUCGAGUACUACGUCUGCGUCAGCGGUCACCUCCACGGCAACUGCUGGCUCGCCCGCCUCACCUCCAGCGAAGGCGAGCACGACGCCGGCUCCGGCUCCGACUCCGACGCGUCGACGCAAGGCGGCGGCAGCGACGACGAUGGCCAUGUAGCGCUGUGACUCCGGUCAGCGCAUGGGCCACCUCACCACCGUCCACCGCCAUGUGCGCCAUGGAUUAUUUUGUUCUCAAUGAGUCAGUGACUCACUCAGCGUUGUGUACUAGAGUAGACGAGAGAGGAUGGGUCCGAUAGUUGAUCACUUGCUCUGCUUGAGGCAGUAGAGGCUAGAGCCACCAUUCCUUCCGGCCAUUCUGCGGCACGUGGUGUUCAGGUGGCUCGGUUCAGGUUGCUCAAUGUCGUUGUGAAUUGUGAGUUUUGAUGUGGUUUGACUUCGUUUGAUUCAUUGA